AUGGAAAAAGAGCUUCUUCGUCUACAGAAGAGGAACAAGGAGCUCGAAAGACAAACAUCGGAGUUAGAACAAGCACUUAAAGAAUACAUAUCAAGAGAAGAAUCAAUCGUUUCUUCAAUAAUUGAAACGUAUUCUUUGAGUCCUGAAACAACAUUGGAUACAUUAUCAUCAAGCUUAAGUAUUGUAUUAGGUUCAUCAACAUAUGGACCAAGCUCAUCAAUAACAACUUCAACAGAAAAUGCUACGAACAAUACGAGUACUUCAAGCUCUCCAAUUAAAUCAGGCACGAAAUCCGUAAUGUCACCAUCAAGUUCUCAAAUUGUCGAAUUCAAAAAAGAAAUUCUUCAACUACGACAAGAAAAUCAAAAAUUACAACAGCAAAAUGAACAUUAUUCAUUCCAAAAGGACGACCUUAAAUCAAAGAACAGUGAAAUGACAACAGAACUACAGAAAUAUAGACAAAAUAUCUCAUUACCAAAGAACAUGAAUUUCACGCAAAAUGAUAUAGAAGAAAUGCUUAAAAAGAUAAAAGAUCAAAAUGAGAAGAUCAAAAAGCAGAAAUCCAGGAUAAGAUCUCUUAAUAACGCUUAUUCUGUUGCUCAAGCUGCUCUUCGUGACUCUCAAUCAUCACGCGAUGAAUUAAUAAAUCAAAAUCAGCAGCUUAAACAGAAAAUCAAUGACUUUGCAACACAAAAAACCGAAAUUUCUCCAAAUAUUCCACAAAAUUACACAGAAAUUCAGUUACAAAGGCUUUUACCGCAAAUAGUAGAGCAAGUUUCUCUUACAUCUGAUGACCUAAAGAAAGAAACUGAAAUCAAAAAUAAUUUAUUGUCAAUAUUAUAUAAACAAAUUGCUUUAUUUGAUAAACUUUCCAAGCGUUUCGAAUCUCUACAAGCCAAAAACAAUGAAAUGAAGCAAACAAUUCAAGGAAAAGAAAAUAAAUUAACGGAAUUUCGGUUACAACAAAAUAAUACAUCAAAUGCACAAGAGGAUGUUAUAGCAGAUCUAGUAGAUGCUAUAUCAUCAUCCAAAUUACCACAAACUGUUAUACAUCAAAUUACAAAAAUAUUCAACUCUCCAUUUGAGCCUUUUGACAAGAUUAAGCGCGCAUUCAUCAUACUUACAGAUAAUAUAAUCAUUCAAACUACUCCAGAACCAAACCAAGUGGUUGAAAAACCAAAUUCUGAAUUAUUAUUUUAUCUCAAAUCUUUGAAUAAGUUUGUUCGGUCAUUUAUUGAGAGCAAUAAUGUCCAGGACUGCAUAAUUGGCCAUCAGAUACAAAACAACAUAAAAUCCAGUUUAAUUCAAGAUUCCAAGACAAUUGACAAGUUUAUUCUUGAUAAUGCACAAUCCAUGAUAGAUGAUACACCAUUGUACAACUCUCUGUUCAAUUCUUUGGAUCCUUUGGACCUCCAACAAAGUUUGAAUAAUUAUUUGGAAAAAACCGAUGAAAAAGAGGUUUCUUGUGCUGUAGAAGCAGCUUGUAUGUCUAACUUGAUACUAAGGAAGUACUCUAAGUGCAUGAAAGAGCAAUGCCAAAUAGUUGGAGAAGAAUUACAGAAAUUAAAGCGUCAAUUUGCGAAAUUGAACUUUGAUUCAACAACAAAUGAACAACAACUCGCUGAUAUGCAGAAUUACGUGAAAGAUGCUGAAAAAGAAAAGAAUGAAAUGAAAAAUAAAUUUGAAAAAUUGACUUCUAUCAUUGAUAAAUGCAUAGAAAGUGGUGCAGACUUACCUCCAGCAUUAAUUAAAGCCAGAAAUAACGCAGAUUUCGAAGAAAAUGAAGAAGAAUCAGAAAAUGAAUCUGAUUUCAAUAAUAAUCACUCAGAAAAGAGUAAACAAACCAUAGAUGAAAUUGUUAGACAACAGGUUGGUCUUGCAAAUGAAAAGAAUGAACACAAAAUCAAGAAAUUCAUGAAAGCCAUCAAAAAGAUGUCAGAUGAGCUAGAGGCAUGCAAGAAAGAAAGCAACAGCAAACAGACAGUCAUCGACCAACUUGACACUGAAAUUAUUGGAUUAAAUCAACAAAUUGAAAAAAUUUCAAAGACAACAGACGAAGAGCUCAACAACGCAAAUGAAAUCCUUGAGAAAACAAGAGAAGAAUAUGAUCUACACAUAACACAGAUCUGUACUGAUUACGAAACAAAGAUUUCUCAAAUUCAAUCUCAAAUGUUACAAACUCGUGACGAUUACGAAGACCAUAUUAAAGAUCUUAUACGUGAUUAUGAAAUGCAGGUCAAAACUCUUAAAUCCGACCUCUCAAACCAUGAUUCUGAAUCUGAAUCUUUAAGAAGACGAUAUGAACCAAUUGUUCAAGAACUUAAUGAGAAAUUAUCACAAACUAUUGAAAGAGAACUCAAUCUAAAGGCUCAAGUUAAAGAUCUCCAAGAGAAAAUUUCGGAAUCUCAAAAUUCAAUUGCAAACUAUGACUUAUCCUCAAAACUAAGCGAAGUCAAGCAUCGCGAUGAAGUUGAGCGCAUCAAGCGUGAAGCAGCAAUGAAUAAUUCCAAGAUGCAGGCGAAAAUCAUCGCACAAGAGGACAAAUACAAGUCAGAAAUAGAGCAAUUGAAGUCCAAACACGAAAUUGAGAAGGUAAAGAUCAUCGAGGAUAUCGCAAAACCUUUUUCAGUUGUUCUUGGAAUAGAAGGUCUCGAUGAAAAUGUUAUUUUACAAACGACCAAAAGUGAAGUGGAAUCUUAUCGUAAAUUAGGUACUCAAUUUUCAUCAUCCAUAUCAGAAUUGUCCGAAAUAAGGGGAGAACUCAAUAUCCCAUCAGAAGUUAAAGUGAAAGACUUCGUUUUGGACGUUCUGAAAAAGAUGAAAGAUGUUGAAGCGAAAAACGUCAUUUUAUCGAAUGGUUACAACGAAAGCCAUUCAGCAUUGAUAACAGCAAGAGUCCUUAAAGACGCAGACAAGCGUUUGAAGGACUGGGAGUCAUGGGCGAGAAAAGUUUAUUUCAUUAUUAAUGAAUCAGCGGCGACAUCGAAAUCUACAUCCGAAAUCAGAAGAAAUCUCGAAGAAUCGUUGAUUGCUUCGUCAACUGAUCGGACAACUGUUAACAAACUAGCAAGUUUGAGAGCACAAAAGGCUUUGCUACUCCAAGGAUGUCUUAAUAAAGCGAAAAGAAAGUACCAAGGUGAUGAUUGGUGUCCUUUAAUUGCUUUGGCUGUUUUCAUUAGAAGAAUUGAAAGAUUGUCUGGAAAUAUAGCAACACCUUUGUCUUUGCCACAGACUGGUGCCUUCGAAAAGAAGAAAUGGUCUAUUGUUAGUACUAAGGUAGUCACAAAAUCUAAGUAG